GAUCUUCAGCACGUUGAUAAUCUUCGAUGGAGCGAUGAAUGUAGUUAAUCAAAGGGUUCUGAUAUCGCCGAACCAGCAGUUCAAAGGCACUGAUGUCCCCUUUCCCACAUUUCACCAUCAAAUCUUCGUCAGAAACAAACAUCUUUCUAAUGUUCCUUGCGGUUCGUUUAGGCGUAAUUUGCGCCCUGGUCAAAAUCCGAUUGAAAUUUCAAUUUAAGUUUAAGGCGCAUCGCUGUUUUAUACGCACUGACAGCUUCGCGCCGCUUGCCCUGAAAUGUAUAGACUGUCCCAAGUUCAGAAUGCAACUCAGGGUGGCUCGGUAUAAAACGAAUGGCACGCGUGUAAACGUCAAUAGCCUCGUCAUAGCGUUUGAGCAAGCGAUAGGUUGCUGCGAGAUUGAGAUAUGCCAUCGCCUCGCUCGGUUCACACGCUAUCGCCAUUUUGUAUGCAUCUAUCGCCUUUUCAUAGUCUCCCAGCAUAAAAUGUGCCAAACCGAGGUGGAAGUGUGCUUCAGCCGAUUCGCUGUUAUGUUGAAUUACCUGCUGAAAUUCUUCAAUCGCUUUCGCGUAGUCUCG